UACGAGUGGCUGCGGCGCGAGCAUCCGGUGUAUCACAAUGCGGAACUGGAUUUCUGGGUGCUGAGCCGCUACGCGGACGUCGAGUGGGCAGCGCGGCGGCCCGAGAUUUUCUCCUCGGCUCAGGGUAUCGGACCGGACCGCCAAGAGGGGGUGUCCAUGAUUACCAAGGACCCGCCGGAGCACACGCGGUUGCGCAAGCUCGUCAGCAAGGCGUUUACGCCGCGCAUGGUGUCGCAACUGGAACCGCGCAUCCGGGCGAUCACGGACGAACUACUGGAUGCGGUGAUUGGCAAGGGGGCGUUUGAUCUGGUUCAGGACCUGGCCUAUCCGCUGCCGGUGAUCGUCAUUGCCGAGAUGCUGGGCGUUGACCCGGAGCGCCGGGACGACUUCAAGCGCUGGUCCGACGACGUGAUCCACAUCGUGGCCGCCGGACAGAACGAAACGCGGAUGGCGCAGUACAUGGAGAGCUGGGAGGCGUUCAAGGCCUACUCCGUGGAGAUGAUCGAGGCGCGUCGCCGCGCACCGCGGGACGAUCUGGUAUCGGCGCUGGUGCAGGCGCAGGAAGAACGCGACGCGCUUACCCUGAGCGAGCUUCUCAACGCCUGCCUGCUGCUGCUCGUAGCAGGCAACGAGACCACCACCAACCUGAUCGGCAACGGCGCGCUGGCACUCUUCACGAACGCCGAAGAGGGCCUGAAGGUGCGCCAACAGCCCGAAUUCAUCCCCGGCAUGAUCGAGGAAGUGCUGCGCUACGAUUCACCCAUCCAGGGCACUUUUCGCACCACCACGGAAGCGGUCGACGUCCGGGGCGUGACGAUCCCCGCCGACAGCAAAGUCCUGCUGCUCUGGGCCUCCGCCAAUCGCGACCCGGAAGUGUUCCCCGAUCCGGAUCGCUUCGACAUUGAACGCCCGAUCGACCGUCACUUGGCAUUCGGCAUCGGCAUUCACUUCUGCCUCGGCGCCCCGCUGGCCCGCCUCGAAGCGCGCGUCGCCACCGAAACGAUCCUGCACCGCAUGCACCGCGUGGAGCCGGAGCCGAGCGGGAUGAUCGAGCGCGUCGACAACCCGUUCUUCCGCGGCCUCAAGCAUUACCCGUUGGUGUUCGAGCCGAUGCGGUGA